AUGGGUGUCCCAUUCGAGGCUCUGCUCCCUUAUGGGAUUAUCAUUGGUUUUAUGGGUGUGACCGGUGCUGGUCUAACGGCUGUCAAGUAUUGGUCGAAUGAAGGAAAGACUGCUCGCUGGAACCGGGACCUGUGGGAUAGACAAAGUAUGUGA